UGCCUCGCGAACCCGCUACCAGAGUCGGUUGGGCGUUGGCGGGUUUUGUUAACGUGGCCCCAAAGGUACUAUACGGCUCAGGAAUUUUUUUUUUCUCUAUUUCUGUGCCUUCCAACUGUGAUUACCUUGUCCACUGAUGACUCGAUUCCUUAUCUAAUCGCAUUCACCUGUCUCCCUUUCCCGCACCUUCGUCUUUUCGUACCUUUUGUGUUGCGUUUCUCUAACACAAAAGUUUCGGGCAGGUGAAACGUUGUAUUGAUUGUGCUACUCCGACAAAAAAAUCAUUUUCGUGGCCUUUCUUCAGGAUUAUUUAUAAGAAAUUCCUCUCCUUGGUUACCAUUGUGAUCCCACCUAUGCAUUUUAUUCCCACAGUGCAAUGAACUAAACGAAAAGACGCCACACAUACUAAAUAUGUCCUCCACCAAAGUGUUUUGACGCCAUUUUUGUUUGGCCCCCCUUUAACAAGCCAAAAAAAACGCCUUAAAUAUUCCGCGAAGAAGUGAGAUGGGAACGAGUUGGUCGCGCAUGAACUGGUUUGCAGAGUGAAGCGCGAAAAAAGUGCCCAAAGUCGCCACGGAAGAUGGCGCAAGAUCUCAGACAGAGUGCCCAAAAUUCUAAGACAAAACCCCAAAAAAGGAUUUCUGUGCGAUGGCGGGGGUUGGCAGUGAUUGUGGGUGUAAUGUGUGUUCUACCAGUUGGAAUAAGAGCUCAAUGGGAUCAGUAUACAACGAGAGAUCCGCGAUUUUAUUCACGCGAUGGAGUCAACAACUACAACCCACCAAAUCCCGGUGAUCCUGAAUACAGAACUUACACGUACAACGAUCGACGGUAUGGAUAUUACCAACCAGCUGGGUAUGGUCAUCUCUACCCUGGGCAGAAGUUACCUGGACAAUACCCAAAUCCCCAUGACACCCCAUUGGGAGAUGAUCGCUUCAAAUUUGAUCCGAGUGAUCCCAACACCUUCCAAACCCCAUUCCCAGGUGUUCUGGGUGGAUGGCGGGAGGAUUUGCAGGGGAAACUACGACGAGACUCCCUCACACUUGACAGAGAUGUCUUCGUCACCACCAACUACGGGCAGGUGCAGGGAUUCAAGGUUUACCUGUAUGACAAUCCCGACCCAUUGUCCUUCUACCGUCCAUGGCAUAGUACAGUGGAUAGGAUAAUGGGGCAGUGCUCAGUCUUCCUGGGCAUCCCCUAUGCACUGCCCCCAACGCACGAGGGGCGUUUUAAACCACCGCGCCCCCAUCGAGGGUGGCAACUAAUGCAGGCUGUUGAUUUCGGCCCUGCCUGCCCACAACCUGUUCGGUACACAGGAGCAACAAAGGGUAUCCGUGACAUGGAUGAGGAUUGCCUCUACUUGAAUGUCUUCUCACCCAAAACGGGCUCUGGAGUUCCGCAAAAAUAUCCCGUGAUGGUUUACAUUCAUGGCGGCGAAUUCACGCGUGGAGCUUCAAAUCUCUUCCCUGCCCACGUCCUUGCGUCCUUCUACGAAGUCGUCGUUGUUUCCAUAAACUACCGCCUUGGUGCCCUGGGCUUCCUUUCGACGUUUGAUGAGAACUCCCCUGGGAACUAUGGGAUUCUCGAUCAAGCCAUGGCCAUACGUUGGGUCUACGAUAACAUUGAAGCCUUCAACGGGGACAGGCACUCAAUUACACUCUUCGGCCCCGGAGCAGGAGCUGCCUCAGCUGGACUCCUAAUGGUUGCCCCACAAACGAGAAAUAUCGUCACCCGAGUGAUUGCUCAAUCAGGAUCAGCUACAGCCGAAUGGGCACUCACAGUGGACAAGUACAGAGCACAGAACACGAGUAUAGUCUACGGGAAGCUCCUUGGGUGCUACAUUGAGUCCUCCUACCGCCUUGUAGAGUGCCUCCGUCUCGGAAGGAGUUUCUACGAAAUUGCAAAUGCCGAAUUUGCCCCGGAUGUGGGCUUCUUCCCCUGGGGCCCGGUAUUGGAUAUGAAUUUAACCUAUCCCGGUGACAAUUGGUACGAAGGAUGGCGCGAAAAGGAUUGGCAAUUCCUCAAGGAAACCCCAGAGCAAAUGAUAAAGAAGGGAUUAUUCAACAAGGGGCUCCACUACAUGACUGGUGUAACAACGCAAGAAGCAGCAUACGUACUAUAUCAGAAUGAGAGUUUAGCACCCUAUUUUGACAUAGAUGAAGACUUUGUGGACCAAAAAAUUCGGGAACUUGUUUUAAGGUACAACUACACCCUAAAUUUGAAUGGAACCUACGAGGCCAUCAAGUACAUGUAUACCCAUUGGCCAGAUCCUUCGAACAAAACCUACAUCAGGGAGGAAUACAUAAAUUUGCUCUCUGAUUUUAUUUAUCGAGCCCCAAGUGAUCAAAUGACCAAACUCUUGGUUGAACAAAACGUCCCGGUUUACAUGUACGUCCUCAAUACCACCGUGGAGGGCAUGAGGCUACAGAAUUGGCGAGCAGUGCCGCACAACAUUGAACACUACUUCCUAACAGGAGCUCCCUUUAUGGACGUGGAGUUCUUCCCGAAGCGAGAUCGUUUAGAGAGGAAUAUGUGGACGGACAAUGAUCGCAACAUGAGCCAUUUCUUCAUGAAAACCUUCUCAGACUUUGCACGCUUCGGGAAUCCAACGCCCCAGCAGGUGUUGGGGCUACACUUUGAUAAAGCCAUCAAUGGAGAGUUGAGAUACCUCAACUUGAACACAACAUUCAACUCCACAAUCAGGAUGAACUAUCGACAGAAGCAAUGUGCCUUCUGGACGCAGUACCUCCCAACUGUUGUGGGUGUUCUUGUACCAACUUAUCCCCCAUCAACGGAGUACUGGUGGGAGCCACAGCAACCACUCCAGAUCGCCUUCUGGAGCAUAUCAGCUGUGUGUCUGUUCUUGGUGAUUCUUUUGGUUGUUUGUUGCAUUCUCUGGCGGAAUGCUAAGAGACAAUCUGAUCGCUUCUACGACGGCGAUGUCUUCAUGGUGGAUAAUACAGGAGCCGAUGGUGAUGCAGGAAUUGAAAAUAUCUCCCAAACGCACCCGUUGCGAUCACGUGAAAAUAUCUACGAAUUCCGCGACACGCCUAAGAAAUCCGGUCCACCAACAGAUAUCUCUUCGGUGCGAUCACCGAGCUCUCUGGCCACAAAUCCCACCGCAAAGUCGGGCAGUCAGAGCUCCCUAAAGAGUGCCAUCUCCCUCAAGGAGGGCGCCCAGAAUGGCCGCGACGGUAACUACGAUCGAAACCUCAACAACAAAGGCAAGGGGAGCGAUGGAAAGAACCUCCUGGCAGACUUUGAGAAAUCACGCGAAGCCAUGACGAGUAGCCCCGUGGAUGUGAAAACAUCCUCACACGGAACACCCAUUCCAGCCAGCAGGAAGACCGUGAAAACCAGCAAGACACAACUUGUGGAAGGAGUACCACAGACCGAAGUUUAGGGAAAAAAAACAAUAAUUCAAUAGUAUUUGUGGAGGAGAUAGGAAAUUUUCCCGUGGAGAAAAUGUGGAAUCAUGAUGGAAUUCCAAAGAAAUUUCCUAAAACGAAAUUCACACAAAUCUCCUCGAGAUCUGUGAAAUGUGUCCUUUUUCAAUUUUCAUUGCAUUUUCUUUUGUAGUUCUAAUGAAAACAAGAACUAUACAAGAAAAAUGAAAUUAAGGAACCUUUUUCUUGGAAAAUUCUCCAGGUUUUUUAUGACUUUUAUUCUGAUUCUUCCAUUGGAAAAUCUCCCAAGUUUUCCAUAUUCUUGCAAACAAAAAAAUAUCUUUUAGACCUUCCAGAACAUAAAAGUCAUUUGGAGACCAUUUCCAUGAUUUUCAAGAAUCAUAAAUUUUAAAAUCAAUGAAAAAAUUAGGAAAAAAUCCACGGAGAAAUUCCAUUACAUAGAAAUUUUCCAAGGAUAUUUUCGUAAUAUUCUCCACAUGAAAAUCACAAUCAAAAGUCUGAAAAGUUUCCACGAAAAAAAAACUAAGAGGUGCCUUUACCGCAUUUUAUUUCCGCGGAGAAUUAGAGAAUUUUCGUGCGUUACUCCACAUCAGCAGGACCAAGAAGUCAGACAUUCAAAAAAUAAAACAUUGUGCAUUAUUUAUUAAGGCAUCGCUUGUAUUUUUUUCUUCUUUUAAAAUUCCCCCCUCUUGGGCUAACCCAUUUAGCUUUGUAUUAUUAUUUUUACAUCAUUACACUUUUUUUGUUGUCUUAAAAACCUACAUAAGAUGGCACAAAGUGCCGCAUUUCUAGCGUAUUUAGAGUUUUGAAUUUUGUAUUAACUUUUUUUUAGUACAAAAAAUCAGAAAAAAACAAGAGAAUUUUUAUAUAAUAAUAAAUUAUAGGAAUUAAGGCUUAAUAUUUUUUUUAAUGAGUAAAUAAUUAUUAUAUAAUAUAUUUAGGAAAUAUAAAUGGGAAAAGUAUUUUUUUGUAAAUUUUUUUCAUUCCCAACAUCUUAUACCGAUAUCAGAAAUCCGUCCAAUAGACCUUUCGACAAUCGAAUCUACGUCCGGGCACUUGGAGCCCAACCCCAAAUGAUCUCGAUUGCGAAAGAUCGUUAAUUAAAUAAGCGUAAUAUAAAAUUGUAUUUUAUAAGAUCUCUCCAUAAUCAUAUGUAAUGUGCAUUAUGUAGCUUCUAGUUUGUAACUCUUUUCUGUAUGACUGCAAAAUGAGCUUAAAAAUUGUAAAUUUUUAUAUUCAUGUAUUUUAUAUACAUUUUUAAACUCAAUUUAUGUAUUUGUUUUGUAUGUUUUUUAUGAGUUUUUAUGUGUUUCUAUGCGUGUGUACGUUUGUUGGUUCUGUAAAGAGAAGAAUCUCUGUACUCAUGACCGUCCAUGUGCUACUUUUGCAUCAUCCAUUGAGUGUUGUAAAAUUGUUUAUUUUUUUACACAGUGUCGCAAUAAACUUACUAUAUGUACACGA